UGCUUAUCACCAAAACAGCGGAGAUAAUUGUGUAGAAAUGAAGCUCGCUUGCUCGUUCGAUUAGCUAAAGUACGCAGAUUAGCGCCACAGCAUGUCAGUGGCAAGUGGCGACGAGUGGUAGCAACAUUUACAUAGUGUCAACGCGGGUAUCACGCUGAAAAUAAUAAAGUGAAAAUCGCGCACAAAAACUUAUAAAUAUUUUCAAUAAAGAGUGACGGAAGGGUGAAGACACCACAAGUCACACACUCUUUGUAAAUAACCGAAUAAUUGCCAAAGUUUUUGACACAAAUCAAAAUUGAGUUUGUACCAAAGCGCUGACCCACAAAGUGUGGUUUGUCAAGUGUCAGCACUGCGCUUCGUAAAGUUGAGUAAACUAUUAACAGUUUAUGUGAGUGAGAGUGACGUGUGUGCAUUAGAUUUGUGAUUCAUAACAAUGUUUUCGCUUGACAAGCACAUUCAUCAAAGUCCGCGCGGACAGAGACGAAGCUCCCUUUUAGCACAUAGCCUCCUGCUAUGCACUUUGUUGGCGCUAAUGUUUUGCCUCCACGUGAGCGCUGACGAUUUGCGAGCAUAUAAAUAUGUAUCCAGAGCGCGUGAGCGACAGCUGGAGAAUCUUGCGAAACGCAUAAAUGAAUCCGUUAACCCAAAUCGGUAUCCUUGUGAGAGUUUCUACGAUUAUGUCUGCAGUUAUAGUAAACCGCUAUUCACGAUAUUAGGUCAUUUGCCCGAACUCGACGAUAUCAUGAAAUUAUCCACCGAACUGCAGCAAGAUCCCGAGAAGUUUACGGCCAAAGACAAGAUGUUGACUUUCUUCGUUUCCUGCACCGCAAAGAAAUUGCUCGAGGACUGCUAUCGCGAAACAUUUGAGCACUUUAAGCCCGUCUUUGGUUAUAUCAUAAACAAGAAUCACAUCGGUGGCAAUUCUGUCGAACAUCAGACGUUCCUCCAACUACUGGAUACCUUUCUUUAUAAGGCGGCGCAAACGCACAAUUUCAUACAUCAUCCGAUACGCCAUCGCUUGCUGACAUUGAAAGAGAAAUUCCGCAUGCCGCAGCUCUAUUUUCGGCCGCACGAAUUAAGCGAGGAAUACGAACCGCUGAUGAUGUAUCCCGAGAGUUAUAAGCAUAAUGUGCGUAAUUUAGAGUUGCAUCGCAGACGCAAUUCCACCUAUGAGUUGGGUGUUGAGCGCAUUAUGCUGGAUUGGACAUUGUAUUUGUAUCAGAGCCGCAAUAUGCCCAUGUCCUACUACUAUCCCACAUUGAAUGUGCAUCUCUGGAUGACAUUGUACAACACGACGGAGCGUGAUCGUGAGCCGAAACGUGUGCAUGAGCUUGCCGAGUGCUUGAAAUUGCCACCGUAUGUGCAUGUGUUGGACGAAGCGCGCGUACUGGCUCUAGUCUAUUUGAAGGCUUUCCAAAAUGCCUGGGUUGAUUAUAGCACUUGGAUUAAACCCGAUCGUGCGAGCAUAAACAAUGAGAUCUAUGAUCAUGAGAACCGAAUACUCUCGCGCUACAAGUUGGAUAAUAAGAAGGUGUUCUUCAUUUUGUACGCGCAGAAUUUUUGCGAAUUCGGCAAAGAGCUGUCGGAGAAUAUCUUCUAUUUGGGCAUGAAACAGAAUCGCGAUUUCGCUGAUAGUUUUGAUUGUGUAUUUGCACCGGAACCGCGUAUGCCUUGUAAUGUAUAAUUUGUAAAUAUAUACUUUCAAUCUA